AUGUCAUUCCUUUCCAAUCCUUCUGAAGGCCGCACUUGGGGCCGUUACGACUGUCGCGUACCGGGCUGUGGUGCAGAAAUUGCGAGCAAAUCCGGCCUCACCCAGCACACGAAUCGUGUCCACCGCCGCAUCAUCAGAUCUCGUCGGUUUCAUCAGCCUGCCCCGGCCUCUGUUCCAUCCUCAGUACCCCCUCCACCUGUCCAACACCACUCGCAAUCACUCCCAGUCCGUCAGCCACCACAAGACCCACAGGACCACUCUCCCCCUCGUACAUCUUCUCCUCCCUCAUUCGACUUCUUCCUUCCGUACAAGUGUCCACCAAUAACAUUCUCCUCAGCCAGCAAAUGCAACGUACACGGUGAAUACGUGUCUCCAAGCUCUCAACCUGACCUGCCACCUCCUCGAUCACCAAGCGACUGGUUUCCCUUCAACAACCAAGUCGAGUUCGAGACUGCCGACCUUCUGUACCGCCGGGUGCAGAUGUCUGCAACCCAUAUCGACGCGCUUCUUGCAGUUUGGGGAGCAAGCCUCACCAAAGAAGACGGCUCCGAGUUGCCCCCGCCAUUCCUCGACCACGACAAGAUGUAUAAGGCAAUUGACAAGAUCGAGCAUUGCGACGUUGCAUGGGAGACGUUUAACGUCUCCUAUCAGGGACCGCGGCCAAGUCAGAACAUACCAACAUGGAUGGAUGGGAAAUACGAUGUAUGGUUUCGUGACCCCCGGGAGGUCAUCAAGAAUAUCCUCAGCCGCCCCGACAUGAAAGAUGACAUCGACCUCACCCCAUAUCGCGACUAUGAUGAAGCCGGAGUCAGGCAGUAUGAGAAUAUGUUUUCGGGAGAUUGGGCAUGGGAUCAGGCGACGAGAAUCUCUGAAGACCCGUCGACGCACGGUGCAACAUUUGUUCCAUUCAUUAUGGGCAGCGACAAGACGACGGUAUCCGUUGCAACUGGUGCCACGGAAUACUACCCACUCUACAUCUCCCCCGGCAAUAUUCACAACACCGCACGUCGUGCCCGCCGCAAUGCCGUUGCAUUAGUCGGGUUUCUCUCCGUCCCCAAAGCUGAUGAAUCCUGUGCCGACGACCCCCAGUUUCGCCAUUUCCGGCGACAACUGUAUCAUACGUCCCUUUCGACCAUCCUGCAAGCUUUCAAGCCCGGCAUGACCCAGCCAGAAGUUGUCCUAUUUGGCGAUGGGCACUAUCGACGUGUUGUAUGGGGUGUCGGCCCUUACAUCGCUGACUACCCUGAGCAGGUGCUCCUCGCCGGCAUCGUACAAGGGUGGUGUCCUCGAUGCCUCGCCUUUCCUGAUCGACUGGAUGACCACGCCCUCCGGCGUUGCCAAGAACACACUGAAGCGCUCAUCGAGGAGUAUCACCCCGGAGUACUUUGGAGUUCGUAUGGCAUCAUUGCCAACGUUGUCCCCUUUACAAACGACUUCCCUCGUGCCGACAUCCACGAGCUGAUCGCCCCCGACCUCCUCCAUCAAUUAAUUAAAGGCACUUUCAAAGACCAUUUGGUCGAGUGGGUCUGCAGGUACCUCAAGAGCCAGCACACGCGACGGGAUUAUAAGAAGAUCAUGGCCGACAUCGACCGUCGCAUCGCUGUUGCCGCUCCAUUUGCCGGCCUUCGAAGGUUUCCUCAAGGGCGUGGGUUCAAGCAGUGGACAGGUGAUGAUUCGAAGGCGCUAAUGAAGGUCUACUUGCCCGCUAUCGAGAACCAUGUACCCGACGGUAUGGUCCGCGCUGUCCGCGCGUUCCUAGAAUUUUGCUACUUGGUUCGUCGCAACACCCUCACCGAUACCGACAUCACCGCACUCCAACGCGCCCUUGACUCCUUCCACCAUCAUCGCGAAAGCUUCAGGGACUUUGGCGUCACCCUCUCCCUUCCCCGCCAACACUCCCUUGUUCACUACAUCUAUCUCGUUCAGCAAUUCGGGGCCCCAAACGGCCUAUGCUCAUCAAUCACAGAGUCAAAACAUAUUGAAGCCGUCAAGGAACCAUGGCGACGUUCAAGUCGGUUCAACGCCCUCGGACAGAUGCUAACAACAAACCAACGGCUUGACAAGUUGAAGGCAGCUCGCGUCGACUUCGCAGCACGAGGAAUGUUGAACUCCAGCGUCCUCCCUAGGCGACUUCGUAUGUUACAGACCCUAGACGCUCAGGACUCUUCCCAAGACACCCAACAUGCGGAGCCCAAUACGACCAAUGGCCUGCAAGUAUACGAACCGGUUUCGUGUUCAGUUCAAGCCACCGAGGAGCAGGAGGAGCCCGAAGUUGACGGAACAACCAUAACGGCAGAGGUUAAUUUAGCGGCAAAAUCUAACACGCAACGCGCUCGAGACUUUGAUGCUCUCGCUGCCGAGAUCAGCGUCCAGAACAUCCGGCGGCUUACCCGUCGCUUUCUCUACGCCCAACUCCACCCCGACAUCACCCGACGCACCGCGCGCUCGGUUCGGCCACAGGACCUCCCCAACCUCCCCGAAACUCUACGGGUCUACGACUCCGCCGUGUCCAUAUACCGUGCGCCCAGCGACUUGUGCGGAUCUGGAGGCCUGAAGCGCGAACGCAUCCGUUCGACUCCGCUUUGGCGAAACGAGGCUCCCCGCAACGACUGCGCAUUCGUCGUUACAAGACCAGAUGUUGACGGCAUCUUUUCUAUGGAGGUCGCUCGUAUCCUCGCUUUCUUCUCCUUCAGGUACGAAGGGUGCGUUUACCCGUGCGCGGUCGUACAUUGGUACAACUGGGAUGGAGACGAACGGGACGAGAAUACCGGCAUGUAUGUGGUGCGGCCGUCGAUGACAGCGAGCAACUCGCGUCAUGUUGAGGUUGUUCACGUCGAUUCUCUCGUGCGGGGCGCUCAUCUCCUCCCGGUUUUUGGUGGCCAGUUGAUACCUAAGGAUAUGAAGUGUUAUCAUUCUCUGGACUCAUUUGAAGCUUUCUAUGUAAACCGCUUUGCAGACCAUCAUGCUUACGAACUUGCAUAGUAGUAAUUAUACAUUGCUUAGCUUACUUGUGGAGUGCUUGUACGGGUUCGGUCGAGUUAUGGUGAAUUUAUUC